AUGGCCUCCUCGAACAAUCCAACCCAGAUUUUUGCCGACGAUGUGAUCGAGGAAAAGGGCGAAAACGCCCGGCUCUCCGCCUUUGUCGGCGCCAUUGCUGUGGGAGACUUGGUCAAGUCAACGCUGGGCCCGAAGGGAAUGGACAAGAUAUUGCAAUCUGCCUCUACUGGCGAAAUUCUAGUCACAAACGAUGGAGCCACCAUCCUCAAAGCGAUCGCACUCGACAAUGCCGCAGCCAAGGUUCUAGUCAACAUUUCCAAGGUUCAAGACGACGAGGUCGGAGAUGGCACCACAUCCGUCGCCGUGCUGGCCGCCGAGCUGCUGCGACAAGCCGAAAUUCUCGUUAACAAGAAGAUCCACCCCCAAACUAUCAUCGACGGGUACCGGAUAGCCAGCAAAGCUGCCCUGGAGGCGCUCGAGAAGUCCGCCGUCGACCGCAGUGACGAUGCCGUUGCCUUCCGCAAGGACUUGCACGCCAUUGCCCGCACCACCCUGAGCUCCAAGGUUCUCGCCCAGGACCGCGAGCACUUUGCGACCCUAGCGUGCGAUGCUGUGCUCAGACUCAAGGGUUCCACCGAUCUCAGUCAUAUCCAGGUCAUCAAGAAGGCCGGCGGCAAGUUGUCCGAGUCGUACCUGGACGAGGGCUUUAUUCUCGAUAAGAAGUUUGGCGUCAACCAACCGAAGCGAUUGGAGAAUGCAAAGAUUAUGGUGGCAAACACGGCGAUGGACACGGAUAAAAUCAAGAUCUUUGGAGCACGUGUCAAGGUUGAUGGCACCGGCAAGCUGGCCGAGUUGGAGAAAGCUGAGCGGGAGAAGAUGCGCGCCAAGGUCGAUAGAAUCAAGGCCCAUGGAAUCAACUGCUUUGUCAACCGACAACUUAUCUACAACUGGCCAGAGCAGCUUUUCAGCGAGUCUGGAAUUGCCAGCAUCGAACACGCAGACUUUGAUGGUGUCGAGCGACUGGCUCUUGUCACAGGGGCGGAGAUUGCUUCGACGUUCGACAACCCCGACCAAGUGCAGCUUGGUCACGCGGAUGUGAUUGAGGAAGUUAUCAUCGGAGAGGACACUCUUCUCCGUUUCUCCGGAGUCACCAAGGGCGAGGCUUGCACUAUCGUUCUCCGAGGCUCUACAGAACAGCUUCUGGACGAGGCCGAGCGAUCUCUCCACGACGCUCUCGCCGUCCUGUCACAAACAGUCAAGGAGCCCAAGGUCACUCUUGGUGGUGGAUGUGCCGAGAUGACCAUGAGCUUGGCUGUCGAGCAAGCCGCACAGAACACCACUGGCAAGAAACAACUGGCCGUCGACGCAUUCGCCCUCGCUCUCCGCCAACUCCCCACGAUCCUCGCAGACAACGCCGGUCUCGACAGCUCAGAUCUCGUUGCCCGCCUCCGCCAGGCCAUCAACAAGGGCAUGAGCAACUCUGGUCUCGACUUGUUCAAUAAUAAGAUUGGCAACAUGGCCGAACUCGGUGUUGUCGAGGCGUACAAGCUGAAACGCGCUGUGGUCAGCUCUGCCUCUGAGGCCGCAGAGCUCCUGCUGCGCGUCGACAAUAUCAUUCGCUCCGCUCCCCGGCGGCGUGAGCGGAUGUAG